AUGCUAGCAUCAUUGCUCUGGUUCAUACGCUCCAUGCCCUCGGGUUUCCCAUUGUACAUGGAUGCGCAGAACAAGAUAAUCCGUGGGAGUCAGAAAGUCGCAUGGGUUGGAUCCUCGAGGAUAUGGUUCGAUGUUUCUCGUCGCCAGUACCGGCAUACAUUCGUCCCCUUCUUCAUGGCUAUCAUUAACGAAGAAUGCUACGACGUGUACCAUCAUCUGUUAGCGCACCUCGACGCGUUGGUGAGAGCCUUGACGUUGGGUGAGAAAACUAUUGAGGACGUCGUGAACCUCUGUGUUCACGACGCCCAUCAAGGUGCACUCAAGGCAUGCCGUGAAGUCUUACCAAACGUGAGGAACGCGCGUUGCUACUUCCACUUGACUAAGAACCUGAAAGAUAACAAAGGCACUCUCGGUGAAGGCUUCGAUAUAGUGAAACGAAAUAAGUACUGGUUACAUGCAGCUCCCACCGAUGCCUUGUACGAGUUGAUCUCCGAUACCAUGGCCGAGGUCGUUAGUGAUAUUUCUCCUCAAGGGGGAGAAUAUUUGAGGAAGACACUAGACACCGAACAAUAUGGCUAUCCAAAUAUAGCCAUAACGAAUGAAGGUGUUGUUGGAACUCAGGUCUUGACCAACAUCGUCGAGUCCUUUCAUAAAACACACACACGGAUAAUAGGGAGUAAACGACUAAACAUAUCUGCUUUCGCGGCGAAAAUUCGCAAGGUUAUAGUGUCUCUCAAACUCUCGAGCCCUCAACAUUACGUUAAGAGACCCGAGCCUAUCAACGCGGUCGAGUAUCAGAAUGAUAUGAAACUUCGAGGAACCAAGUUUCAUCAACGAGGAUGCGUUACUGAGGUCACGACUGUGGUCACUGAUUUAAUUGAGAGUACUAUCGGUACACGAUAUUUCCUGCUUCCGAAUAACCGCUCACCAGGACAGCAUGCCGAUGCCGAAAUGAGAGAGAGGACUGAACUCUUCCUCCGAGGCAUUUUGCUGGAUGAGUUAGAAGAAGGUUCGACUGCAAAUGACAUCUCUUCGGGAAUUUUUUACUUGCAGAUGGCGAUCUGA